AUGAUUCCCAUUUACAGACUACACACAAAAACACCAACAGACAGAUCACAUACUAAAACACCAAUAGACAGACUACACACAAAAACACCAACAGAUAGAUCAUACACCAAAACACCGAAAGACAGACCAGACAUCAAACAGCAACAGACAGAUCACACACCAAAACACCAACAGACAGACCACACACCAAACAUUAACAGACAGACCACACACCAAAUCAACAACAGACAUACAACCCAACAAACACCAACAGACAGACCACACAUCAAAACACCAACAGACAUACAAGUUAUCAAACACCAACAGACAGACAUUACACCAAACACAAACAGACAGAUCACACACAAAAACAUCAACAGACAGACCACACACCAAGCACCAACGAAAAGACGACACACCAAACACAAACAGACAGACCCCUCAUCAAGCAGCAACAGGCAUACCGCAUACCAAAACACCAACAGACAGACUACACACCAAACACUAACAAACAAACCACACACCAAACCAACAACAGACAUACAACCCAGCAAACACCAACAGACAAAUCACACAACAAACACCAACAGACAGACCUUACACCAAACACUAACAGACAGACCGCACAUCAAAACACCAACAGACAGACCACACACAAAACACAAACAGACAGAUCACACAUCAAAUACCAACAGACAGACCUCACACCAAACACCAACAGACAUACCACACAUCAAAACACCAACAGAGAGACCACACACAAAACACAAACAGACAGACCUCACACCAAGCACCAACGAAAAGACGACACACCAAACACAAACAGACAGACCCCUCAUCAAGCAGCAACAGCCAUACCGCAUACCAAAACACCAACAGACAGACUACACACCAAACACUAACAGACAAACCACACACAAAACCAACAACGAUACCACCCAGCAAACACCAACAGACAGAUCACACAUAAAAAAUUAA